CCUCUUUAACAAAAACCUACCCCCGAACAACUGAUAUAAAGUGUAUUUACGGUCUGACUGCGGAGAACAGGCUAAGAAUAAAACUAUCGCGUGGAACAAAAUGCCUGCAGUCUCUAAAGGAGAUGGAAUGCGUGGCCUCGCUGUGUUUAUAUCGGACAUUAGGAACUGUAAAAGUAAAGAAGCAGAGAUCAAGAGAAUUAACAAAGAGUUGGCCAACAUCCGCUCAAAAUUUAAAGGAGACAAGGCACUAGAUGGCUACAGUAAGAAGAAAUAUGUGUGCAAGCUGCUUUUCAUAUUCCUUCUUGGCCAUGACAUCGACUUUGGCCACAUGGAGGCAGUCAACCUGCUCAGCUCCAACAAGUACACAGAGAAACAAAUUGGUUACCUGUUCAUCUCAGUGCUGGUCAACUCAAACAGUGACCUCAUCAGCCUUAUCAACAAUGCCAUAAAGAAUGACCUGUCCAGCAGGAAUCCCACUUUCAUGAACCUGGCCUUGCACUGCAUUGCCAAUGUGGGCAGCAGGGAGAUGGCUGAGGCUUUUGCAGCUGAGGUGCCCCGCAUCCUGGUGGCUGGGGACACUAUGGACAGUGUGAAGCAGAGUGCUGCCCUGUGCCUGCUGCGUCUCAACAGGACCUCUCCAGACCUGGUACCCAUGGGCGAGUGGACCACCCGGGUGGUUCAUCUGCUCAAUGACCAGCACCUGGGUGUGGUGACCGCUGCCACCAGCCUGAUUACCACACUGGCACAGAAGAGCCCAGAGGACUUCAAGACCUCUGUCUCCUUGGCUGUAGCCAGACUCAGCAGGAUCGUCUCCUCGGCCUCCACUGACCUGCAGGACUACACCUACUAUUUUGUUGCAGCUCCCUGGCUUUCUGUCAAGCUCCUGCGUCUCCUACAGUGCUAUCCUCCGCCUGAGGAUGGUGCGAUCCGGGGCCGUCUGACGGAAUGUCUGGAAACCAUCCUGAACAAGGCCCAGGAGCCUCCCAAGUCGAAGAAGGUGCAGCACUCUAACGCUAAGAACGCUGUGCUGUUUGAGGCCAUUAGUCUAAUCAUCCACCAUGACAGCGAGCCCACUCUGCUGGUGCGGGCCUGUAACCAGCUGGGCCAGUUCCUCCAGCACCGGGAGACUAACCUGCGCUACCUGGCCCUGGAGAGCAUGUGCACCCUAGCCAGCUCCGAGUUCUCCCAUGAGGCUGUUAAGACACACAUCGAGACAGUCAUAAAUGCCCUCAAAUCGGAGAGAGAUGUCAGUGUGCGUCAGCGUGCUGUGGACCUGCUCUAUGCCAUGUGUGACCGCAGCAACGCCAAACAGAUUGUAGCAGAGAUGCUCAGCUACCUGGAGACAGCAGACUACUCCAUCAGAGAGGAGAUGGUGCUAAAGGUGGCCAUCCUGGCAGAGAAGUAUGCAGUUGACUACACCUGGUAUGUUGACACCAUCCUCAACCUGAUCCGCUUCGCUGGGGACUUUGUCAGUGACGAGGUCUGGUACCGCGUCAUCCAGAUCGUCAUCAACAGAGAUGAAGUACAAGGUUAUGCUGCCAAGACAGUGUUCGAGGCACUCCAGGCCCCAGCCUGCCAUGAGAACCUGGUGAAGGUCGGAGGGUACAUUCUAGGGGAGUUUGGGAACUUGAUAGCAGGAGAUUCGAGGUCGAGUCCACUCAUCCAGUUUGACCUGCUCCACUCCAAGUUUCACCUGUGCUCAGUGCCCACCCGGGCUUUGCUGCUCUCAGCCUACAUCAAGUUCAUCAACCUUUUUCCUGAGGUGAAGGGCACCAUCCAGGAGGUGUUGCGCUCAGACAGCCAGCUCCGCAACGCAGACGUUGAGCUACAGCAGCGUGCUGUGGAGUACCUGCGCCUCAGCUGCAUUGCCAGCACUGACAUACUGGCCACUGUUUUGGAGGAGAUGCCUCCCUUCCCUGAGAGGGAGUCCUCUAUACUGGCCAAACUCAAGAGGAAGAAGGGACCAGGAAACCUGCAUCCCGAUUUGGAUGAGAACCGCAAGGAACGCAGUGUCAACGGGGGUACUGCAGACCAUAGCAGCACUACCUCAAAUGCCAAGGUGUUCGCGUCCCCCACUACCUCCACAGACCUGCUUGGCCUGGGCAGCACCAUUGCCACUCAAAACUCUGCCCCUCCUGCCUCCAAGGGGGCAAGCCUGCUGGUGGAUGUCUUCUCUGGAAACACAGCAGCCUUUCCUGUAGAGACACCAGUGGCAGUGGGGCCUGUUGCAGAUGAGAACUUCUCCAGGUUUGUUUGCAAGAACAAUGGUGUCCUGUACGAGAACCAGCUACUCCAGAUCGGCCUGAAGUCUGAAUUCCGACAGAAUCUGGGUCGGAUGUAUGUGUUCUUUGGUAACAAGACAUCAACCCAGUUCAUGAAUUUCGCUGCCUCUGUAGUCUGCCAAGAUGCUCUGCAGGCUCAACUGAAUGUCCAUGCCAAGCCUGCAGACCCCACUGUGGACGGGGGUGCACAACUCCAGCAAAUACUCAACAUUGAAUGUGUGUCUGACUUUGUGGAUGCACCAGUGCUCAACAUUCAGUUUAGGACGGGGGGAACUCUCCAGAACAUUGCUGUUAAACUGCCUAUUACUUUAAACAAGUUCUUCCAGCCUACAGAGAUGACAUCGCUGGACUUCUUUCAGCGUUGGAAACAACUUGGAGCCCCUCAGCAAGAGGUACAAAAUAUCUUCAAAGCAAGGCAUUCCAUGGACACAGAGGUUACCAAAGCCAAGAUAAUAGGGUUUGGUGCUGCUUUGCUGGAUGGGGUAGAUCCAAACCCCUUCAACUUUGUGGGAGCUGGUGUCAUCCAUACAAAGACCACCCAGGUUGGCUGCCUCUUGAGACUGGAGCCUAAUACUCAAGCACGGAUGUACCGCUUAACACUCAGGACAAGCCGUGAUACUGUGUCACAGCGCCUUUGUGAUCUGCUCUCAGAACAAUUCUGAACUGUUUCCAGAUCAGGUCGUCUGAACUUGGCAUACCAUAGAACUGUACAAGCUCCCCCUGCCACUUCUGAAGACACCACAUAGUUCAUAACAAACAGGUCACACUUAUCCUUCCCGUCUGUUUCAAUUAAAUUGGAAUUGAUAGUGUAAAUUAUUUUUUAUAUUUGACUUAUUAUAAAUGUACUGUAUCAUUUUUCACUCACUUGACUAAUAUUUCACUGCAUUAAAUCUGCCUUAUGUCCUUGUGCGCAAAGAAUAUUUACGUCUGUGCUUUUGUUGUGGAAAAGGCUUUGUCCUCUCCCUGUACUUUAAAGACCUAUUGACUGGAAGAAUUGGAGUUCAGGGAGACUGGCAAGAAAAUGCCUUAAUUGUCUAAUCCAACUGAGUAAUGAUAGUCCAUAGACACAUCUAUUUUGUGUUUCAGAUCCAGGGUUACAGUUACACAAGCAUACAUGAAAAGAUGUCAUCUUAUUUAGUUCUAAGGAUGGCAGCUGUUUUCUGCUCUUGUCUUACCUGAAAACAAGCCCUGUCCCUGAACACGUCAUGACCCUAUUGCAAACCCUAGCCAUUGUGUGAUUUUUGGUUUGUUUGUACGGAGGUGAGAAUUUAAAUGGCAGUGGUCAUUAUGUAGAUAUUUCCGGCUGUUCUUAACAGUCAGGUAAAGGGACUGUUAUGAGAAAUCAUCUUCUUGUUAGUAGUGUGUGUGCACGCUUAUGUUAAACAAACCACUAAGGAAUGAAGUGCUGUCAUUAUAUUCAGAUAUGCAUACAAUUGUGUGUCCAACCAAAGUUCUGUCCCAAAUCAGGCGGUAUUUGGUAUCUAAUAUGUCUCUAGAACAUGUUUUGUAUCCAAUGAACUUUUUUUUUUUGUAGAAACUACACUGGCUGGAAUACGGUUUUAACCAAUCAGGGUGAGAACCACCUGUUGUGUAAUCUAUGAUUAUUAUACAAGCAUACCGGUAUCUGUCACCACUACGGAUCCCUUCUAGAACAAAGGCUGGAACUAUGUAUUUAUUUCAUUGGUUAAUAGGCUAUUUACACAGUUAAGGUUUUAGGUUGUUGAUAGUGUACCAUCAGAACAGUCACCAGAUAAUUUUAUAUUUUUGAAAUGGUAGAGUGCAAUAUAUAAUACAUUCAGCCAUUAGGUAUGCAUAACCCAGUUACAUCUAAAUGCCAGAGGGCACUUUUAUGCUCAUAAUAUAGGUGGUCGGCGUGUUAAACUUAAACAAGACAUUCAAUUACAAACUCUGUACAUGUUGAUGGAUUCAAUGAUUAUCAGAAUUACGAAUGUAUUCUUGUUUUUGGUAAACUGCGUAUAGGACCCUAAACUUAUCCUUGAUGGUAAAACAUAAAUCUUUCCUGCAGCACGUAGUGGUUUAUCUCUUGGCCUCUAGCGAGUACUCUUCACACAGCAGUUGAAUGAUGGUUCAGGAAAGGAGCUGAGUUUCAUGGUUAGUCCUAUGCUUGUACACUUGGAAAAUGUUGAAUGAAACUUGACUAAUAGCGGAAUAUGUGAUGACCACAAUUAGUUCUGUGAUGUAGGGAGGAGCAGUUUUGUUUUAAGCAUAGAUAUUUACCCUGAAUCAAUAAUAUAAUUCUGAUUAAAUUAUGGCGUAACUGGG